AUGGCCGAUCCACAGUUCGCUAAGUACCCCGACCUGUCGCUCGCGCAGGACAUCUUCAACCUCUCCAAUCCAUCAUGUGCCUCUACAGUGCAACAAACAUCUUUCAAGAGACUCCAAGAUGCUAUCUCCGAACAUAAAAUGGCUCCUCUCUAUCGACACCUCGCACAUCCUACGGAAGGAAUCCUGAACGCCUCAGGCGAAGGUGUUCCACAGCAACCAUCGACAAAUGGAGCUGCCACGCGACCGGUCAUCACAUCGAACCUGCUUCCAGGACGAAAACUAUCAGCAAAGAUCAACUUCUCCUGGGACGAGAAGCUAUAUGAUACUUUAAAGGAGGACAAUAAAAAGGAGCUCGAGUCUUAUCAAAAGGAAGAGGAGGAGGCCGCUGAGGCUGCUGGUGAUACAGAGGUGUUGGCUGCUCAAGGCAAGCGUGCCGAGUUCUGGGCGAGAGUUGGCGAUAAGGACAAAGCGAUUCAAACUUACGAAGAAGUGUUGGAAAAAACAAGCAUCUUGGGCACCAAAAUCGACCUCGUUCUUGCUAUGAUUCGCGUCGGUCUAUUUUUCGGCGAUAAAGUCUUUGUCAAAAAUACAAUAGAGCGAGCAAGUGCUUUAGUCGAAGGCGGCGGUGAUUGGGACCGCAGGAAUCGCUUGAAGGCUUACAAGGGUCUCCACCUUCUCACCACCCGUUCCUAUAGCCUGGCUGCACCUCUCCUCCUCGACAGUUUAUCCACGUUUACGAGCUACGAGCUAUGCAGUUACUCUUCUCUUGUCGUCUACGCCGUGCUCGCGGGCUCCCUCUCUCUCAAGCGAGUCGAUUUUAAGGCUAAGGUUGUCGAUGCUCCGGAGAUCAAAGCUAUUCUUGGAGAGGGUGAGGAUAUGGUAUCAGCGUUGAGUGGUGCUAUUUCUUCGGGGCCUGGUGCUGGGGACGAAGAAAUGAAGGAUGCAUCUAGCGCUACCCCUGGGACUGCCUCGACUGCUAUCAAUCUGGCCACCUUGGGCACCGGUUCCGGCGCGCAAGCCGACGCCGAACGACCAAUUGAUUUUUCAGGUCUAGCUAGCCUCGUCAGCAGCUUGUACACUGGAAACUAUCGGUCGUUCUUCAUCGCCCUUGCUUCGGUUGAGGAUACCUUCCUCAGUCAGGAUCGCUACUUGUACGAGCAUCGUGCGUGGUUUGUUCGUGAGAUGCGGUUACGGGGUUACCAGCAACUGUUGCAGAGUUACCGAGUUGUCGGUUUGACCAGCAUGGCCAAUGAUUUUGGUGUGACUGUGGAUUUCUUGGACAGGGAUCUUGCCAAAUUUAUCGCCGCCGAGCGGAUAGCCUGCACCAUGGAUCGCGUGAACGGGGUCAUCGAGACCAACCGACCGGAUGAUAAGAACAAGCAGUAUGCGGAUUUGGUGAAACAGGGCGAUUCAUUGAUUACCAAGCUGCAAAAGUAUGGACAGGCGGUGCGACUACGGGGAAGCGAGCGCAGUUAG